AGGCUGCUCUGUGGGUUUUUGUCUUUAUCCUGCGGACAGAAAGCAGGGGAAAGGGCUGUGCUGGGUAACAACAACGUGAGUGAGAGAGGGGCUGAUCUGAGCUGGAGUCACCGGCGGCAGCCGCCUAGAGAGCCCUGAUUGACGCAAACCUGCCAGCAGCCGCGCACUGAAUACAAGGCAGAGCUACAGCCACAUCCACCGACUUGCUCCAGAACAACACAAAGGCGGCGGCGCGGAGCCAGCGCUCUCUGCAAGGAGAGCAGCAGCAGCGCCCCGGCCAGACACCAGCAGGGCUGCAGACAGCACGCGCCUCGGGGAAUAUGAGCCCGCUGCUUCCCCUGGGCACGUCCUGGGCUCCGGGCUUGGCCACUCUGCCUCUUCUCCCAGCUGCCUAGCUCCGGGCUCGCCACCAAGAGGAGCUGCUGUUGCUGAUGGAUGCCGGGAGGUGCCGCAUUGCCUAGGUUUUUCUUUGCCUUGCGAGCUGUCUUUCCAGCCCUUUCUUUUUGCUGCUAAGUACUGUGCGUUUUGCAAAGCGAUUGAAUUCAGCUCUCCGGGAGAAGGAGGAAGAUGGGCUGGAGACCAGUCCUUCCAAGGCGGAGUGCAGUGUGUGGGAAGACCUGGCUGAGAUAAAAAAAAAAAUAGAGGGGAGUGGGGAAAAUACAACAACCAGCACCAGAUCCUGCUGGUACCAUCUGAGAUCACUGUGAAUGUAGGUGGGGAGAAGGAAAAAACCCACCCCAAGCCGCAGGCUGGUUUGUCUUCUGGAGGCCUUGUCUGUGCUCAAGAGGAUCUUUAAAUAUAUACCAGCAAGAGAACGACAUGUAGCUUUUUCCUUUCCUUUCUUUUUCAAUCAAAGAAAUAUGCCUCUUAACCGUGGCAAACGUUGGUCUUAAGUAAAUGGUCCUUCUUUUGGAAAGCAACCUCUACCGGGAACUCUCAGUUUGAGGAACCACAUUUAUUUAAUUUAUUUAUUAUUCUUCCUCUAGUGACUGCAGCAUCAGGGGUGAGAUCACUGUUUGCAUGGGGGAGGGAUACAAACCUCCUCCCAAAACCAAAGGUAGUUCCUUCGUCCUGCUUUUGGACUCGCUCUUGGUGAUCAUGUGGCUCUUAAAAAACCACUACAGCGACAGCUUUUCAUUACCCUGAUAAAAUGCCUACUUAACCAAGGGGGAAAACUUGGGUCUUCUAGGGGAAAGAACCCUCCCCCCUCCCUGGAAACUCUGCUGGGGAUCCACUUUAUUCAUUAUUAUUACUAGCUGUUGCUGGGCUUCUUUCCAUAGUGACUUGCAGCAAUAGGGUGUUCGUUUGUGGUGUGUUGUUGUUGUUGUUAUACUGGCUUUUCUCUCUACAGUGACUGCAGCAUCAGACUAUUGGGGUUCUGGGGGAAAGGUUAUUCGGGGGGUAGAAGACGAGUAUCCUAAGGGACACGAGCAGCAGGGUGCGGGGGAUAGGGGAUAUAUUCUACAAGGAAGAGGAGCAGCAGGUCGUGGGGAGAUUUGGGGAAGGAGUACAUGCUCUAAGGGUGAGGAACAACUGCAUCAGGCUUUUUGGGGUUGUGUGGGGGUGCAUCCUGUAAGGGAGAGGAGCACAGUUAGCAGCGACAGAGGAGGGAGCAGCAUUAUGACUCAUUUGCAGGCAGGUCUGUCCCCGGAAACGCUGGAGAAAGCCCGGCUGGAGCUGAAUGAGAACCCGGAUACCCUGCACCAGGACAUCCAGGAGGUGCGGGACAUGGUGAUCACUCGCCCGGACAUUGGCUUCCUCCGCACAGAUGAUGCCUUCAUUCUGCGUUUCUUGAGAGCCAGGAAAUUUCAGCACUUUGAGGCAUUUCGUCUGCUGGCCCAGUACUUUGAGUACCGGCAGCAGAACCUGGACAUGUUCAAGAGCUUCAAGGCCACUGACCCCGGCAUCAAGCAGGCGCUGAAGGACGGCUUCCCUGGCGGGCUGGCCAACCUUGACCACUAUGGAAGGAAGAUCUUGGUCCUGUUCGCUGCCAACUGGGACCAGAGCAGGUACACACUGGUGGAUAUUUUGCGUGCCAUACUUCUUUCUUUAGAAGCCAUGAUUGAAGAUCCUGAACUUCAAGUGAAUGGAUUUGUUUUGAUUAUAGACUGGAGCAACUUCACCUUCAAGCAGGCCUCCAAACUCACACCAAGCAUGCUGAGAUUAGCCAUAGAGGGCCUUCAGGACAGUUUUCCAGCUCGGUUUGGAGGAAUUCAUUUUGUCAAUCAACCAUGGUAUAUCCAUGCCCUCUACACAGUUAUACGGCCCUUUUUAAAGGAGAAGACGCGGAAGAGGAUAUUUCUGCAUGGUAAUAAUCUCAACAGUCUGCAUCAGCUAAUUCAUCCUGAGAUCCUACCUUCUGAGUUUGGAGGGAUGCUGCCACCCUAUGACAUGGGCACAUGGGCAAGAACUCUGCUAGACCACGAGUAUGAUGAUGACAGCGAAUACAGUGUGGACUCCUACAGCACUCCUGCAAAAGAACUAGAAAAGGAUCUCUCUCCCAAAUCCAUGAAGAGAUCUCAGUCAGUCGUGGAUCCUGGGGUGCAAAAACGCCUGGAUAAAAACGAGGAGGAAAACAUGCAGCCUCUGCUUUCACUGGACUAACAGUUUCUGAGCAUCGAAUGUGAAGUGGGGUGAAAGGUACUGCUUUUCAGCAACAAGCAAACCAUUGGAAAGGCAUGUACCAGCUGAAAUUCUAUUUAUUCAUGUUAAUGUAGCAUAAUGUAAUCAGGCAGCAAGUUAUGCUAGUCUGCCUGAAACAUGGGUGCCCUGGGUUGAAAAAAAAAUCAAUUUAUUCUGUAAGUGCCAACUUGUUUGUAAAUAUAAUGUAAUCUUCCACUUUGAAUUUGUAAGUUAUGGUAGACAAGUAAUAUGGAAAAGUGAUUAUUAAAAUUUGUCUGUGAAAAGCACUGUAAAAAGGGAACACACACACACACACAAACAUUGUUAAUUAAGUUUUGUCCUGUCUAUAGGAAGCAGCUAUCAUAUUGACUACUUUUUGUCCCCUGUCGUGCUCAUGCAGCAUUCAAAGAUAGAGCGAAUAUAAGAACUUGGCGAUAAGGAAAACCACAGUGGUUACAAAACUAUCUACAGGAAUUAAUUUUACCAAUAACCUUGUGGUCAUGCAUUAUGGGGGAUAAGUCAUGCAUUAUAGGGGAAAAGAGGUAACAGAUGAGCAGGGCACAAAUGCCUGUAUGGAUUUGUGAGCUUUUGUUCUGUUUAGUUUCAAGAGAAGUUUAGGGGUUUGGAAGCAGCUUGGCUUAUUCGCCUAAUUUGAGCCUUUCAGUGUGUGCCAUAUUAAUCCUUUUGUUGCAUAUUGUGUUCACUUCAAGAAUUUUUGCAGAACAUUCUCCUCUCUGGAGUGAAAAAAAUAUUCAUCCCAAUGCAGUGUAAUAACUAGUAUUUUGAACUGCAGCUGUAGGCUCAGGGUUAAUUAUGAAAUCCUGUGCACUCAGUGACUGAAUACAUAUAUAUUUUUACCAAUCUCUAACAAACAUAUAAAGUGGCAUUGUUAGACAAGUAUAUUUAACCAAGGGUUUAUAAAAAUAAAUCAUACCUGUUCAAUGUACUUAGAGAUAUUAUAGAUUGUAUAUUGAGACAAUGUGACAUUAACAUAGUAGAACUUUAUGUACAGCAUCCAACAUCAAGCACGGGCUAAUAUGAAUGAGGCAUAGUCAAGCCACUCAGCAUAGACAUUAAAGACAUUUUUGUUUCGGUUGUGGUGUAAUUGUAUAUAUUAAACAUGUGCCAUAUUACAGAAAUACUCUUACCUCAUAAGAGCAACUAGUUUCACUAUGAACUGAAUCGAGUCACCUGAAAUUUGGGGGCUAUAUGUUCAUGUCUAUUGUGCUGAUAUUUAUAUGCAUCAAGAUAAGAAUGUGCCCCUGAAAUUGACCAGACAUCUUUAUCGGAAUUAAAACUGCACUCAGACAAGGAUGGGAAGACCCAGGAAAGCCAAGACAAUACUGCUGAAUUGUAGAAGUACUGUAGGAACAUAUCAGAAUCAGUUUAGGUAUUCUUACUUGAUCCCUAACAGCUGGGAAGAACCUUGGGAUCCCCUAGAAACACCAAUAUUUAGGUGUCUGUGAUUCAAGUAAGAUCUUCCCUACAGCAAUGAUGAUGUUUCUUAUUUAAAAUGCAAAGAUAUUAUUCACAGGUCACUAAUUAUUUCCAGUGGUGGCUUUAGAGCAAAGAAUUAAUAUAGAAUUUCAAGUAAGAAAUCCCACAGGAGAACUGUAUCUUUCAGCAUUAAGCCAUAAAGAUACAUGAAUGUUGGUAUUGUCAGAAGUUCAUCCUGCCCUUUCCACAAUGGUAUCCUCUCUUUUUAUCCAGAAACCACCUUAAGUCACCUGACUAGUACAAGCAAAACAGAGAUACAACUUUAGUACAUACUUAUUGAUUGAUUAGUAAGAUUGCUAAGAGGUGUAUGUCUGCACUUAAUGCCUCAACAUAUGAUUAUAUUCCAGGAAUCUCUUUGAACAAAUUAUUGUAUUUCUAUGCACAAACUAUACCUGAAAAUAUAGUUAUGGAAUGAACAAAAUACAGGACCUGAAUUUAAAAAACGUUGAGCCCUGAUAGUUCCAACAGAAGUUUGAAAUCCACCAUCUCCCAGAUUUUAAAGAAACUUCCUUUUGAAUGGUAGAAACAACUGUAUCUAUUACUAUUGUUACCCUUUUAACAGACUAUAGAACCAAGUUAUGAAUUUUGUGCAAUUACCCUAUCACAACCAGAGUAACACCAUGCUAUAUAUCCAGCUUACACACCGAGGGCUCAUAAAGCUGUCAUAUUUGGAUGUAUGCUGUACUUACCUGACAUUCAUAUGGAUACCAAGAUCAUAUGUUCACAUAAAUUCUGAUCUUAAAAUCUCACUCAGGCAAAAUUCUCACAAUAGAUGUUUUUCCUGCACAUGGGUUUCAAGGUUUUGCAAAGAGUUAAUGUUCCUUGUCUAGGCCUAACUAAAGAUAGGGAUGGUCCAAAUCUUGGUUGAAGCUUUGUGGAGACAAGGCCAGGUCCUGGUGUAAAUCAGCAUAAAUCUAUUUUAAUUAGUUUGAUUUUAAACUACACCAGCUGAAGUGCAGGCCCACUAGAUUCUGUUAAAUCUAGGAAUGAGAUCAGUUGCCUCUUAAAUCUUUAUGAAGCGUCAUGGUAGAAAAAUAUGUAACUUUAUGAAACUUCUGUAUACCAGCUGGCUAAUUUGUUUUUUGUUUUUAAUUCUUUACAGGAUGCACUUAAUUGCAAUUUAUGUAAUGUAGUCUGAUCCCUAAUAUAGUCCUUACUUUAUAGAUUCUUUCCAAAAAGUGAAACUAGGAUAUAGUAGAAUGUUUACAUACUGGAGAACUCAUCCUUUUACCAAGAACAAAGCUAAUUUUUCCAGGAAAGAGUCUCAUUACUGAAGAAUUGAGCUUCAGUGCAUUUUGUUUGGUGUUUAUGUCUAGCAGAAGCAGUUUCAUGUUGCAGCAGCAAUUCCUCACACUGGAUAACAAUCUGAGAGUGAAUAAACAAAAAACAAUUGUUGCACAAAGCUUUUCACUUAACUUGUCAGCAUCUACAGAGAAGGAGUUUCUCGCUUCUGCUUCUUGUAGAAAAUAUUCUCUACCAAAAGGAAAGCCAUUUUUGUCUAAAAAAUAGGGUUAAUUUUCAGACCAUUUUGCAGUCCAAAUUUCAGUUACCUUCGUUAUUAUGGAAGAUGGAUGGUUCAUUUUUCUACUGUACCAUUGAGUUGUAUAACUUCAGACAUAGGUUGGAAUCUUGUGUUCCUGUUUUCGUUUGUUUGGGCAGUAUUAACCCGUUAGUAUUCAACUUCUGUGUUAUUUUACUUAAAAGUAAAGGAAAAAAAGAAAUAUUUCAUGGAAAAGGAAUAGAUAGCAGUCUUAAAUACAGCUGACCUGGUGUUUAAGUGAAGAAGACAUAUGAUUUAAAAAUGAUAGUUACAGGUUGUAAGCAGGCUCUAAUUAUUCCCUUUAAACUAUGUCUCUGUGUGUAAAACUAAUGUUUGUAAAAUAUUGAGAAUUCAUGGAACCUUUUGUGCUCAAAAGGCCUAAACCAGUACCCAAGGAAAUCAAUGGUGAUCUUUUUGUUCACUGAGCAUUGGAUCAGGUCACAGUAACCUCUUAUAAAUACCAAAAUUUACGUGGCCUCUCAGACCAGAACUGAUUACAUGUAACCUGGUUUUAUCUAGUUACAUCCUAGAAGGAGUGUAAGUUCCUUGUACGAUAUAAAAAAGAACGGUUUUAGACUCUGGUGAGUAUAUUAUGCUGCUUCACAAAAAUAAACCAUUGUUUUAGUUUAAUCAAGUCUACACGCUGAGGGAAAUAUAUACUUUUGUAGUGUACAUCUAAAAGCAUUGCUCUACCUCAGUGAUUUACAUGGAGAAAUGUCCUCUAUGCUGUUUAAUUGCAAGCUCAACACAGUCUAAAUAUAGCACUAGAUAAAAUUAUACUUUUCCUUUUUUGUUAGUCUUCUUAUUUAGGCCUAUACUAUAAUGGUGACUGAAAAGAUUUCCAAACCUUCUGAGAACCAUCAUUCAAAAUGGUUGGGAACACUUAACAAAAAGGAAGACCAUCUGACUCCAUGUUAUCUUCUGUUUUGUUGGUUUUGGCAUCACCUCAGGAUUUCAGGAAAAGUUAGGGGAAGCAGGAGAAGAAAUGCCUUGGAUCAGACACCAGAGAUGGAUGUGAUUUUCCUUUUAAAAACAGAGAAACCCUUCAGUUGCUUUUUGGGGAUGAUGUGUUGGGAUAUCACCAGUGUCUUCAUUUCAGGGCUUCUAGUAUGAUAUCAUAGGAAUGUAAUGUAAUCUCAUGAUGAUAUGAAAGUAUUCACAUCAUCCUUCUUAUCAUAUUGUGCUGGCAGCUGAGAAUAGUGGGUUUCAUCCAUAGAUCUCAAAGAGCAUUACAAAGGUAAGUAGAUAGUUAUACUCCUUUUUUCAGAUAGGGAGGUAGUGGUAAAGAGAGUUAGACAUGUGAGGUUCCUAAGAGAAGGCAUACACAUGGUUCUGAUAUAUGGUAGGAAUGACAUUUUUGGGGUAUUUGGCUCGCUUACAUUAAUAUCUCAGUAAUUUAAACUGCUUCUAUUUUCUUUUGGUUGAGAAAAUUAUCAGAUGAUUAAAAUCACAAAUUUCCUUAGAAAUUCCCUAAACAUUCUAGCUUGAAUGACUUGCAGAAAUGACCUGCAUUCCAAAAUUUCUUUCUGAAUUAGGGGCAUAAAUAUAUAUGUAUUAUAUAAAAAAUGUAUUUGCUGCUGCGGAAAUGAAGAAAAUGUUUCCCACCAACUGUUAUGGCCCUGACCCUUGAUUACCUUGAGAACCUGUAACAGGACAGUACCUGGGAUUUAAAUUUAGCAUACAUAUUAACCUUGAGAUGUCUUUCAGCCAAGUUUUCAUAUCUUAAUUCUCCGAGGACAUGUCCAAAUCAUUUUCUGAGAUCCUGACCCAUUUUUCCACAUAGGGGUUUAAAACCACAAAAUGAUAUUGGCCCCUGUUGGGUGAUUAUCACACAGCCCAGCAAACAGUUUUGUCAUUUUUAUCUUUUCCAUGGUAUGGCAGCUGUUGAUAUAUGGUUGAAACACAGCUCACAAACUCUCGCUACUUUUUCUUUCAUUCCUCAGUGCAACUUGUUCCCUGUGAAUAAAUUGGUUAAAUUUAUACCAAAUGAUGUUUGGGAAGAUAAUAGAAUAAAGUUUCUACACCAACAUUCAAAGUCAUUUUAUAUUCUGGUGGAUGUCCACUCUUUUGAAUGAGUUGCCAUCUGAGUUGUUAAUGAUAACUUUGAAAGGGAUGGAACAAUUACAAACAAGCAAGGGAAUUCUGAAAAGUGAGCUCAUGGAGCAAUGAGGGGGGGGAUUUAACUUUAGUUUUUAAUAAUACAGUACAACAAACUGGUUUAAAAUUAGGCCAAAGUAUUUUGCUUAUGAGAGUCCAUCUACCAAGCCAACUACUUGCUUGACCCAAUGACUGUGAGGGCCUAUAACUGCUGUAUUGCUUUGGUGCCAAAAUGGCUAAAAAAAAAGCACAUGAAUCAGAAAGAUUCAGUACCAUUCAUUCACAAAAAGACUUCUCCAAAAAGUUGUGACAAACUAUGUGCUGUUAACACAGAAGUAGAUGAUAGUGAAGGAACACAUUUGAACAGAAAACAAGUGACAGGUGAAUUAGCAUUUCCACACCAAAAUAGGCAUCCUGUUACAUGAACAAUGCUCGGUAUUGGCCAAAUGCAAGGAUUUCAAAUUGGGUCCCUUGGUUCAUUAAAAAAAAAAAAGAGAAACAGCAGGAGAAAAGAUAAUACAAAAAGAUAAAAUAAAUGUAUUCAAAUUAAAAUAGCAGUAGUCCCAAACUUACAGCAAGAUGGAUGUCAAAAUGCUGUAAAGUAACUUUUUGUCUGAAGGAUUAUCGCUUCCAGUAAAUGGAAUAUAGCUUUUCUUGUGCCCUUUGCCUAUGUUUCUGAAUGAGCAGAGUUCCGCUUUUGCUCUGUGUGGUACUGAUGGGGUUUUCUGAAGCUUCACAAGAUAGCUUUAAUUACAGUACAAAAUAUGAAACUAUGUUGCAAUGACUGAUGGCCCAUGGAUGCUAUGUGAUGGUUAUAGGGUCCACAACUGCAAAGGGUGUUAUAUUCCUUCUCUCAAGGGACAAAUUCCCACUUUGUAGAGGCCCUAGGAACCUGGAACCCAAUUCAACAUCCAUUCCUUUCUCGAACAUCUAGGCUUGGUGACUCUUCCCAUCUCAGUCGUUUUGUAGAGUAAAUGAGCUCUUCAGUAGGACUUUAGGGGUCAGUGUGUCUCAUGAAGUAAACAGGUCCCUAACUGACUAAACAUCAGAGACCUGGGGGGAGUAAGUAUUGAGCCCUCCUUGGUUGUCAGCUCCAUUUCAGAGGUCAUGAGGCGGAGAGGAGGCAAGGAGACAAAGUGCCAUUAAAGAAAAAGAAAAGCCAGGUGGCCUGCAAAAAGAACGGCAAAUGAGGAGAUGGAAGGGCUGCCCCAACAACCCUAGUGUAAGGUGAGAGGGACCUUCCUUUCAUACUAUGGUGUACAGCAGUGGUCAGGAGGGAGGGGAAAUGUUUUCUCCUCACUCCAACACAAUAUCUUAUUUUUAACCUUGACCCAUAUGCCAGUCUGAGUCUUUUCUUAUCUCAUCUUAUCUCUUCUCUCUAUUUCUUCUGGAAUUUUUCCCAGCAGCCUAUGCAGUCAUUUGUAGCAGGGCAAACAACCAAGCCUGAGAUUUACUUGUAGUAGAACAAGAGAGCUGGAGAUUUCUUUUGCACGAGUUCUUCCAGGCAGGAGAAGAAGGGAUGUGUUUUGCAACUCCUUGCCACAGCGCUUAUUUUGUACAGGUUGGUCCUUCUGCAGUACCAGAUGAUAAUCCAGCCUGUUCUGAAAUCAGUACCUGGGCCUUCCCUGUUUAAAAGGCUGCAAAUAUAUAUUGUGUGGGAAUUAUCCUUAAACACUUAGAAAUAUUCUCAAGCUCUUAGGAAGCUAUAGUUGAUCUAUCUCCAGUAUUAAGCAGUUUUGCAAGUGAUGUUAAUUGGAUUUGGAAGGAUUCGAUUUUUAUCAGUAAACGUCAGUAAACGUUGAUUUUACUGUGUGCACAAAGAUGAAAAUUUUUUCAAUUCAUGAUAAUUGAAAUCUACAAAUAGGCAAAAUAAAAAAAAAUGUUGCUUGAGAACUUAUUUAGGAACCAAAUCCAGUGAUUUUUAGAUGCUUGAUUUAGGCUUGUUACAAAUGGAUUAGUGAAUGAAUAGUAAAAAAAAGUACUAUUGUAUAUUUUGAUAUUUGAUGUUGACAAUUUGUGUUUUAAUGGGCUAUAAAGCUUUAAAUUGUUGAAUCUCAACAUUUACUGUCAUUAACUAAUUGUCUUACCCCCUAUGUCCCACAAUUAUGAAAAUUUUAUUUGAUAAAAUCUUUAAAAAUAAACAUAAAUAUUAUCCAUCAAAAUUAUUUUUAAAAAAUGAGGUCUGCCAGCUUAAUGAUGAUGAUAGACAUUAGUCACUUAAAGGGACACUAACAACUUUGAACAUCACAUUUCUGUCUGUAAAAGUAUUAUCUGUUACUGUUGCAAUUAACAAAACUAUUGUAACUGAAAACAGGGCUUUCCCUCUUCUCAUCAGCUUCAGAAUUAAUUUGCUUUGUACCUUUGACAACUCUUCUUAUAUAAUCACCUUUAUUGUUUUCCCCUAUAUGUGGUUUUUCACGAGAUUUCUUUGGGUCUGUCAUACAGCAACAGGGGGAAAAUAUAUAUUUUAAAUAGGAAAGUAUUUGCAAAACCACAAACAUUGGCAAGGGGAUUCAGAGACAGGUGUAGUACCUGAAGCUGCUUCUUUUUUUACAGCUGACUAGAUUUCAAGUUGAUAGUGCUUUUAAAUUGGUUCUCCUCCAGUUUUUUCAUUCUGUAGACCAUAUUGCAAAAGAGGUUCUGCUAUCCUUUCCCAGGACUGCAACUUUUCUUCUUCCUGCCCCCUCCUAUCCCUAUAUCAUCAUGGGUUCUCAAAAUAUUUCAUUGGGUGACUUACUGAGGAACAGGGCUCCAUAGUCCACUGGUGAUGUGCAGACAAUAGUUUGAGAACAACUAUUUUAAAUGUUUCCCUUAUAUAAAUCUAUGGUAACAGGGUGAACUGGUAAGUUAUAACAGCAGCUAAUCUCAUCCACAGAGGAAUACAGGUAAGGUUCUGGCUAAGGGUCACUAAGGCUCUCGUGUUCUGUAUGGCUCAAAUAGCAGUAACCACUAAAUACAUUUAUCUCAUGCAACAAUCUACUUGGAGCUGUAUAGAAAAUAUGCAUCAGGAUCAUCUCAAAUAUACAAAUUACAGGACUAAUUUACCAGUAGUGCUUGUAUGCUCAGGAGAACUUUGUUUUUUAUUUCAUAGUCUAGAACUGUUAGGACUCAGGAGGGUCUAAGACUUGUAAGGCCAAGACAAACUAUUGAUCAUGUUCUCUCUAUAUAUAUUUUCAGUAAAAAUUCUUUUCACAAGUAGUCCUCCAGUUUGAAUUUCGUUCCUGGGCAGUAAUGACAUAAGGGUUUGUUUUGUUUUGUUUUGUUUUUUGAUCUGUUGUGUUCUGCCCUAUAAUCUGCAGAUUUAAUGACUCUGUGAAACAUUGUCACUGUUUAUAUUGUAUAUUUAAAUAUCAUCAGUUCUUUGUGAUCAAGUGGGCUACUUUGGAAAGCAAAUUCCUUUAAAUCAUUGUUGGUUAUUGAGGCAGAAUGACAUUCUGUUAAAUAAAAUAUGACCAAAUGAAAAUUAAAAUACAUAUAUUUGUUUGUACACAGGUGUGUUUGUCAGCCAGCUUGUGCUAAAAUGUGUGUAGAGGAAAUUGCUUGA